AGUUUACUGUUGACUUGCCAAGAUGCUGCAGCUUCUUCUUCUUAUUACACUCUCUAUCUGUUCAAGACUGAAAUCAGUGAGCCCACUGGCUCUCGACCCAUGUUCUGCAUACAUAAGUCUCAAUGAGCCUUGGAGGAAUACAGACCAUGAAUUCAAUGAGUCCCAAGACAAACCAAUGUGUGACAACCAUUUGGAUGGAGAGUGGUACCGUUUCACUGGCAUGGCAGGAGACGCAAUGCCAACUUUUUGUAUCCCAGAAAACCACUGUGGCACUCAUGCUCCAGUCUGGCUGAAUGGAAGUCAUCCAAGUGAAUCAGAAGGAAUUGUACAAAGACAAGCCUGUGCUAGCUUCAAUAACGAUUGCUGUAUGUGGAACACCACUAUCAACAUCAAGGCUUGUCCGGGAGGAUAUUAUGUCUAUCGACUAACUAAGCCUAGUGUCUGUUUCCACGUAUAUUGCGGACAUUUCUAUGAUAUCUGUGACGUUAUUGAUUGCCGAGGGACAUGCGUGGAUUCGGGAGAUUGUGUUUGCAACAGUGGAACAGUAUUAGGCCCAGAUGGGCAGACAUGUCUUGAUGAAAAUGAGUGUGAACGAAGCAACGGAGGCUGCAGUGAGAUUUGCAUAAACUUGAAAAAUUCUUACCGAUGCGAGUGUGGAAAAGGAAGGGUCUUGGGAAAAGAUGGAAAAACCUGUGAAGAUAUUGCAGGCUGCCAGCACAACAAUGGCGGCUGCAGUCAUACCUGUGUUGAAACUGGGGAAUCCUAUCAGUGUCAGUGCCCACGAGGUCUGAUCCUCUCUGAUAAUAACCUCACCUGUCAAGUUCCUGUGCUGUGCAAACCCAGCACUAUAGAAGUCGCUGUCCCAAAGGAUCUGGUAGGGGGCUUAGAACUCUCUCUAUCAAACUCAUCCUGUAAAGGAGUCUCCAAUGGCACCCAUGUCAAUGUCAACUUUAACCUAAAGACCUGUGGAACAGUCAUCAAUGUGGCAAGCGAUAAGAUCAUUGCUUCUAAUCUGGUCACUGGAAUGCCCAAGCAGACCCCAGGCAGCAGUGGAGAUAUUAUCAUUCGUACCAGCAAACUCCUCAUCCCGGUAACUUGUGAAUUCCCACGGCUUUAUACCAUCUCUGAAGGUUAUGUCGCCAACCUAAAGAACUCCCCAUUGGAGAUCAUGGGCCGAAACCGAGGAACCUUCCCAUUCUCUCUAGAAAUAUUCAAGGAUAAAGACUUUGAUGAGCCAUAUAGAGAAGAUCUUCCAGUGCUUAAACUCAGAGACUCCCUUUAUUUUGGUAUUGAACCCCUUAUGCGUGUGAAUGGCUUGGAAACCCUUGUGGAGAGCUGCUUUGCAACCCCAACUUCCAAUAACGAUGAGAUCUUGAAGUACUAUUUAAUUAAAGAUGGAUGUGUCUCUGAUGACACAGUGAAACAAUAUUCAUCAAAAGAUCAUCUUGCCAGACAUUUUCAGGUUCCAGUGUUCAAGUUUGUGGGAAAAGAUAACAAGGAAGUAUUCUUGCACUGCCAAGUUUUAGUUUGUGGCUCAUUGGAUGAAAGGUCUCGGUGUGCUCAAGGAUGCCGGAGUCGCAUGAGGAGAUCUGCUGAGAUGGAUGAAGAAGGAAAAGCCACUCACUAUGCAAAUCGCCUCCUCACCGGUGGACCUAUUCGUAUUGAUUUUGAGGAGUAGUUUUAAUUCAGAAAGAUAAUUCUGUAUAUAAAGCUUCGUCACUGGAUGUGCUAUUAUUCUUUUCAAGCAUCCAUCGGGUGUGAACAUCUUUGCAUUGUAAUUUUCUGUGUUUAAAGCUGCGACAUGCUGUUUCCUUUUCAUUAUCACUGAUGUAUAUAGAUAUGUUUCUAGCCAUCAUCACCCUUCUAUCAUUGCUACAUUGAAAUGUAACUAAAAUAUGGCAUUAAUGAAAAGUAGUGUUAACUUGUGCUGUUCCAACCCUCCCAUUCUCCCACAGCAUAAAAGCCUAAACAAAAACAGCA